UACAAUCUCUGCCCCCCACUCCCCGCCCCGCUGCCCAUCGUGUCCCGGGGCCGCCGCCGCCGCCGAGCCAUCUCAGUCCCCUCUCAUUCUCCACGCGGGACGCGCAGCCGUGCCUCCACGUGUCUUAAGCAGAGAUGAAUAAUACUGCAGCUAGCCCGAUGUCUGCUGCCACUUCAAGCAGUGGAAGAAGCACAGGGAAGGCCGUCAGCUUCGCUGCGGAGCUGCAGAGCAUGAUGUUUUCCUUAGGCGAUGCGAGGAGGCCUCUCCAUGAAACAGCCGUUUUGGUAGAAGAUGUAGUUCACACACAGCUGAUUAACCUGUUACAGCAAGCUGCAGAAGUCUCCCAGCUGCGGGGAGCAAGGGUGAUCUCUGCUGAAGAUCUUCUGUUCUUGAUGCGAAAAGAUAAGAAAAAACUUAGAAGACUUCUAAAAUACAUGUUUAUCCGAGACUACAAAUCGAAGAUCAUCAAAGGCAUUGACGAGGAUGACCUCCUGGAAGAAAAACUGAGUGGCAGCAGCAGUACAAACAAGAGGCAGAAAAUUGCUCAAGACUUGAUCAACUCUAUUGAUCAGACAGGAGAACUUCUGGCAAUGUUUGAAGACAAUGAACUUGAUGACGUUAAGCAGGAAAGAAUGGAGAGAGCAGAAAGACAGACUCGAACGAUGGAUUCAGCUCAGUACGCGGAGUUCUGUGAAAGCCGGCAGCUGAGUUUCUCCAAAAAAGCUUCCAAAUUUCGAGACUGGCUGGACUGUGGCAGCAUGGAGAUAAAGCCCAACGUUAUAGCUAUGGAAAUCCUGGCGUAUUUGGCGUAUGAAACAGUGGCCCAGUUGGUGGAUCUGGCCCUUCUUGUGAGGCAAGAUAUGGUCUCCAAGGCAGGGGACCCCUUCAGCCAUGCCAUCUCUGCAGCCUUCAUUCAGUAUCACAGCUCUGCUGAGGGGUCCUGUUUGAAGUCUGGCCCAGACUCUCCAGAGAACACACCACCUCCUACACCAACAGCUCCCUCUUCUGGAUCACAACACUCAGGGAGAGCCACAUCCGGUUCCCUGGGGAAUGGCAGCGCAGGACAAGAUUCUUCCAAAACCAAGCAGAGGAAGAGGAAAAAGAGCACUGCGGCCUGUGGUGUCGAGACUCACAGUGAUGCCAUCCAGCCCUGCCACAUCAGAGAAGCCAUUCGACGCUACGGCCACAAGAUUGGCCCUCUUUCCCCAUUCACAAGUGCCUACCGAAGGAGUGGGAUGGCUUUCCUGGCCUGCUGAGGGAACCAUGGCUGCGCCUGCUGCAAAGAGAGAGGGAUUGGUACACCAAGCUCAUUCUUUCCUGUCCGGGCUGAAAAUAAACUAUGAAUUUACCUUUUCCUGCCCUAGGGCGUGGCCAGGUUUGUUUUUUACUCUCAGCUGUCUGCUUCCAGCUCUUCCCCAGCCUCCUCAGCCUUGUUUACCAAGUGGGCUGUUGCCUAAUUAAUGGCAGGAUGUUGAGGACGGUGUGUAGGUG